AUGAAAUUGUCAAUUCGCAGAUCCUUACAACUUCAAAAACGUGAAUGGUAAGAACAAAGUCACAACCCUUCUGUUGACAGUCUCUAAAGUAAAUCAUGACUCAACCUAUUAUGAAGAUUAACCAACAGAUAUACUGAAUGAAAAAUCCAGUCCAUUCUCACUUCCUAUAUUUCUUAUACCUUUAAUCUAUGCCACUUUCAUCCUUAUUCUUAUGAUUCAACUACACCAUUAAUAACAACCUCAAAAAUAUCCAAUCAGUGCUUCUGCCACCUUGAAAACUCUCUAAUAAAACCUAGCUUCAUCCCCAAUCCUCGAUAUUUAAAAUACUAUCUAAAUUAAUAGACUCCAUCGACAUUAUUAGAGUUGUCCAUAUGGAUUUGAAAUUACUAAUAUAGGGUCAUGGGAAGGAAUUAAUUCAGGUAUAAAAUUAUAAUUACAUAGGUUGUAUUUGUUAAAAUGGAGAAUUAAAAGAGAGCUCUUAUUGUUUUACUCAUUUUAAAUCUGAUUGUCAAAGUGUUCCUUAUUAUAAAAGAUAAUAAUUUUAAUAUUGGAAAGGAGAAAUGUUAUGUGUAGAAUUUGCACAAAAAUGGAAAUGGGUAGGUAAUUAAGAUUGUCCAUCUGAUUAUUAUAAAUGUGGAGAUGGAAUAUGCAUAUCAUUAUCAACUCCAAAAUGUCCAAUAACAGAUUUAAUUGAAACAGAGACAUAAACUGAAAAAUAGAUAAAAAUUGGGUCAAAAUAUUUCAAUAAGUAUCGAAACGGUUCAACUCCUUUAAUUAAUUUUCAUAUUGUUCCUGGUAUUCAUUCUAAUUCAAUGUGUUUAAAUUCUAAUUUAUAACCUAAGUUUUAGAGUGGUAAAUAUUAUCCUUUAGCAAUUGUUCCUGAAAAAGGAUGUGACAAAUACGGAAAUACAUUUAAAUAUUCAAAAAUAAUUGAUUAAGAUUAUUAAUUAAAUGUAUAUGAUGAUAAUGAUUUCACAAACUUUUAAAGCACUCCAUACUUUUUGGAUUAUAUUGAUAGUAUUGACACUUACACCUUAUAAUUAAUGAGUAGAAUAACUAUUAAUUCAACAAAUCCAGAAUGUAAUAUUGUUGAUCCAAAUACUAUUAAAACAAUUAGAUUGUAAGGAGAGACUAUCAUUGCAUAUAGUCAUUAUGUAAGUAAAAUAUCUUUAAUAUUAACAACUUUAUUAUUAAUAACUUCAUUAUUAUUUUAUUUACUUAAAGAUGUGACUUUCAUAAGUGUAGAUUUUACUAAAUUUUAACAUAUUGAAUAUUAAUUGACUAUAUCUUUAAUUAUAUGCAUGAGUAAUAUUGCUUUGGGUAUAAUUUAUUACACAUAAACAGAUGGUUUAAAAGGAAUUGAUGGUUAGAACAGAGUAUUUCAUGAAUAUCAAAAAUAUAAUUGUUUUACAGAUGAAGGAAUUACAAUUGUAUUUCUAAUAUCUAAUAUUUAUAGGCUGUUAAAGAAGUAAUAUUAUUUGCAGAGCAUUCAUACUUAAACACAGAACCAUGGGUGAAGGGAUGUUUUUAUGGAAGUGUCUGCUUCAUUGUGAUUAUUACUAUUUUAUUAUUUCUCCAGUAUAAGAGAAUCUAAUAAUUCUUUGUUAAACCUUGGAAAGUAGAAUUAAGUUGA